AUGAGUUCAAAGAGACCCAGGAGCAAAGAGGCCAGUAAAAUCAAGGAAAAAGGCCAUCCCGACUACAUCUUCCCACUGGUCCUGACCUCUGCCACACAGGAGCUGUUUGGUUGCCGGGAAGAUGAGGAUGUAACUGGAAAAAAACCUUACAAGCUGCUGAAAAAAGAAGACAUCGUACAGGACAUGAAAACCAGAGCGUCCGUGUCUGACUUCAGCCCCAUCAAACAAUUAGUGCUGGACUACCCUGAAGAUGAACUUCUGCUGGUGUUCGACAGAGACUUCACAUACGGACAGAGCUUCUAUCUGGUGCUCACAGUAGAGGCCAAAGAGAACAUACUGAAGACAGACAGACAGACAGACCGGGACAAGAGCUUCAGCAUCAGAGAGAUUGAGAGACACACGGCCAUUCAGGCCUCCAGCGACACCAAACACUCGUCCACUCAGACACUGUGUACCCAAAGAACAUGUGGACGCAGCCCUGAGGAGAAAGAACAUCACCUGCGAUCAGAAAACCUGAAGAACUUCAUCACAUCUGUGCUGAUAAGGUUUGAAAUCUCCCUUCAGCAGAAUCGCAUCACAGAUGUUUUCUGUGAUGACUGGACGGUGCUGUGUGAGGACAACGGUGCACUGACACAGAAAACUGAGACGCAGCUGAAGGAAUAUCAGUCCUUCAUGGACCUUCAGUUUAGCAAAGAGAAAACCAUCAGCCACAUUCACUGGCAUCCCACCAUCAGCAGUGUGAUCGCUGUGGCAAUGACAGAGAGACUUUCUCUUGAAGAACGGAUCGAUAACUCCACUAAACUCCUUUUAAACCCGUCCUAUAUUCUCUUCUGGAACUUCACUGACCCUAUAAAUCCACAAGUGGUAUUAUGGGAUAUCUCAGCACAUGUGGAGAGACUGCAGGACACACGCAGCGACGGCAAAAAUAUUUCAGACAAACUAGUCUCCUUACCAAAGAUCGGCUCUAGCGGUGAAUACAGUCCUCUGAAGUUCAGCUUGAGGGACAAUACAGUCGACUAUCCUACAGGAGACAAACCUCCACAGAAUGCGGAGCGUGAGGAAGGCUGUGGGUUCGUGCAGCUCCGGGUGCCUUCGGCCAAGCAGCAGAAAACUCUGGAGAACAUCAGCACCAACCUGAAAGUGGGGACGGAGGACGGUGAACUUGUUUACACCGAUUGGAAAAUGGAGAAGGACAACGACUCCGGACGUCUGCUGAGUGCUAAACCCAUCCAUCGGUUCCUCUUACACGACACUCUGGUCAACACUGUCAGCCGCUCUCCGUUUUUCAAGGACAUCAUCCUGAUGGUUGGCAGCUUCAGCCGCUGGAAGGAAGGGAUGCAGAUUGUGAGGAAGUACUUCGAGAAGGAAGAGGAACGGCUGGAGUAUUUAGAGAAACGUCAGAUCAAACACGAGAAGGAAAAGAAAGAGAUGGAAGCCGAACAAAAGAGGAAGAAGACGGAGCCGGUGAUGCCACUGAAACAGGAAGAGGAACUGGAGGCAGAAGCGCUGAAGGAAUACGAACAGUUUCUGGCUCUGGAAAAGGUCAUUUUGAAGAACAUGGGCCUCCUGACCGAAACGGAGGACAGAUCAGACCUUGACGACACCUGCAUGAUCACCUCUAUGAAGCGCAGGCCAAUCAAAGGUCAUCUCUUCCAGGCAGCCAAUCAGAAGGCUUUGCUUCACAUCAAAGGGUCUUCGGGACGUGACUGGGCCAAUCGCACGUCUGAACUGCAGCCAAACGCUGACAGACGCUCUGGAUGUUUAUCACAGAGAGCAGGUGUUGCUGAAGACACACAUCUGCGCUGA